UUGCUAAGUUUGUACAAGUUGCAACUGUAACAUGAAGGUGUUUAUAACAAUUUUGGCUUUGGCUGUCGCCGCUGCUUCGGCAGCUCCCUCCACGGGCAUGGUCCAUCCCAAGGAUCUGACCACAACCAAGAAGGGAAUCGAAGGUCGUAUCACCAACGGCUAUCCAGCCUACGAGGGCAAGGCUCCCUACACUGUUGGUCUGGGCUUCAGCGGCAACGGUGGUGGCUGGUGGUGCGGUGGUUCCAUCAUUGGCAACACCUGGGUGCUCACCGCUGAGCACUGCUCGGGUAGCGCUGAGUCUGUCACCGUCUACUUCGGUGCCACAUGGCGCACCAACGCCCAGUACACUCACUGGGUUAGCCGCAACGACAUGAUCAACCACAACUCCGCCGAUAUUGCUUUGAUCCGCAUUCCCCAUGUCGACUUCUGGAGCAUGGUCAACAAGGUUGAGCUGCCCAGCUACAACGAUCGCUACAACGACUACAACGGAGCGUGGGCUGUUGCCUGCGGAUGGGGUGGCACCUAUGAUGGCUCUCCUCUGCCCGACUGGCUCCAGUGCGCCGACUUGCAGAUCAUCAGCAACAGUGAGUGCGCCAACUACUACGGAACCGGACUCAUUCAGGACAAGAUUAUCUGCAUUCGCGUUGUCGACGGCAAGGGCACAUGCCAGGGUGACUCUGGUGGCCCAUUGGUCACACACGACGGCAACAAACUGGUUGGUGUUACCAACUUUGUGCCUGCUGCUGGUUGCCAAUCUGGUGGUCCAGCUGGAUUCGCCCGUGUCACUUACCACUUGGACUGGAUCCGUGACAACACCGGCAUUUCCUACUAAAAAUUUCCAAUGGAAAUACAAUUUAUAAAUUCAAAUUGAAUAAAUAACAAUAAUAACAGCA